AACAGGCGAUGAGCUUCUCUCUGAUUCCUUUCCUUACAAGGAACUCGUAAACGGCAUGUUAUGGGAAGUCGAAGGAAAGUGGGUUGUGAGAGGAGCUAUGGAUUUUGACAUUGGUGCGAAUCCAUCGGCUGAAGAAGGCGGUGAAGACGAAGGAGUCGAUGAUCAAGCUGUCAAGGUUGUUGAUAUCAUCGAUACUUUUAGGCUUCAGGAGCAACCAUCGUUUGAUAAGAAACAAUUUGUGAUGUUCAUGAAAAGAUACAUUAAGCAACUAACCCCUAAGCUGGACUCGGAAAAGCUAGAGCUGUUCAAGAAACACAUUGAGAGUGCCACCAAAUUUUUGAUGUCAAAGCUCAAAGACUUCCAAUUCUUUGUGGGAGAGAGCAUGAACGGAGAAGAAGGGAGCUUGGUGUUUGCUUACUACAGAGAAGGAGCCACUAAUCCUACUUUCCUCUACUUAGCCUACGGCUUGAAGGAGAUCAAGUGCUGA